AAAGAGAGCUGCACGAUGUAGAGUUCCCCGUUGCCAUGCCCAAGAUCGAUUCCGACUUCUAUGCUGUGUUGGGUAUCAGCAAGGACGCAAACUUCGACGACGUUCGAAAGGGAUGUCCAGGGCCUCAUGCCGGUGCGUGCGGAGUUGGGCAGCAUCGCUUGAGGCAUACUUAAAAGCAGCGCUGAAGUGGCACCCUGACAAGAAUCCGGACAGCAAGGAUUUUGCUGAGAGUAUGUUCAAACGCGUGGCCCAAGCCUACAAGGUGUUGGGCGAUUCCCUACUGCGCAGCCAGUAUGAUGUUUCUGGCGAAGACGGUUUGGCAAAGGAUUGGUGGCCAGAUGAUCCAGACGCAAGCAAAGAUAUGGCUUACCUUUUCUUCAUCCAUCGUGUCCCGGGACGUUCAGUCAGAGAAGGCUUCAGUGAGGCGAAAUUGCGGGAGAUUUUCCCACACCUCUUUGGCCGACCAGAUGCUGUCAGGGAUGAAUCUGGACAAUCAAAGCGGAGGAGUUCCUUGUGAUGUCUUUGGUGUGUCGUGAGCUUUUCAAGCUGCGGUGCUUUCCCUUAGGCAUUCUGUUCCGAGUCCCCCAAAUUCCCAACAGUCUGGCAGCUCAGCGCUUCAAAGGCGCUGCUAGGAUGUACCAACGAGUACAACCCAGGGUUUUGCCGCCAUCACCAUCGGCAAUAGAAAUGUGCUUCGGACUUGCUUGCGGCUCAUGCUGCAUGACAUCCCAACCUUUGUGAAAAAGAAGCAGACCAAAGAAAUCCAAAGAAUGUGAAGACCACUCACUUGCUCAACCAUGACAAUUGCAUUGAUGCUGCAUUUUGCAGUGGAAGUGUUGCCAGAAUCAUAUUAAUUAUAUAUUGAUCAAAGACAUUGUACAUGUUUGCCCAACGUGCUUUGGAAACGAUGCAGCUCUGCAUUCAUUUUAGUAGGAUCAAGCUCUU